ACGCGUACGUACGUGCGCGCUGCGUGAUGACGUCGUGAGGGCUGGAAGGCGGAGAAGGAGGAGGAGCCAAGAUGGCGGCGAUGGCGGCGCUGGGCCGGAGGCUGCGGGCGCUGGGCCGAGGGGUCCGGGGGGUGCAGACCCCUCCCCGCUAUGAGGAGUCGACGGCCGAGUUCGGGUUCGUGGAGCGGCUGCUGCCCCCCAGCCGCAUCCCCGAGCCCCCCCCGCACCCCAAAUACCCCACCCCGUCCGGCUGGAGCCCCCCCGCAGACCCCCCCCCGGAGCUGCCCUACCUGGUGCGGCGCUCCCGCCUGCACAACCUGCCCGUCUACCUGGGGCUGCGGCAGGGCCGGCGCCUCACGGAGCUGCGCCGCAUCCACGGCGACAUCUGGGCACUGGAGCGGGACCUGAGGGCGUUCCUGGGCUCCCAGGGGGUCCCCGAGGUGGCGGCGCAGGUGAACGAGGUGACGGGGACGCUGCGGCUCAGGGGGCACUGGGGGCCGCAGGUGCGGCAGUGGCUGCUCCAGAGGGGCUUCUAGAGACCCCCAGAUCUGCCCCAAAGUCUGCAGAGGAUCUGCUGUGGAAACAGCUGGAGCAGCCUGAAAUGGACCCUGGGCACGGCAGCAGCUCCUGGGGGCACCUCCAGAUCCACCUGAGCGCCCCAAAAUCUGUUUG